ACCAUGCUUUACCGGCCAUAGCCCAGAAAAAAUAUUAUUCUGCAAAUUUAACAAAUAGAAGACAGUCACACAGAGAGAGAGAGAGAGAGAGAGAGAGAGUUUUGUUGUGGUUUUAGCUGUGUAGAGGGGAGGAAGGCGUGGAGAGAGAAGGGUUUAUUUGGUGAGAGGGGAAGUGUGAGUGUGAUGUGAGAGAGAGAGAGAGAGAGAGAGAGAGAGAGAGAGAGAGAGAGAGUUGCUUGUGGUCUUUGGGUGAAAUUUUCAUCUGGGUCUCAAUGAAAGGAGAGGGAAAGAUGGUUUUUAAGUCUAGGAUGAAGUGGGUUGGUCUGUUUGGGCUUGUUCUCUCAGCUCUCUCUCUCUUCACUCACUUUCUGCUUGCUAGAUAUACAGAGGAAGGCAUCUCUGAGUUCCAGUCUUCCAUCACAAUCUUCUCCUGGCGACCCAUUUUUGAGAAUGCUGCUCUUACUAGAACUAGUCAAUUGUACAGAAGACUAUGGGGUCCAGUUAGGCAUCUCGCGUCUUUACAUCCAUAUGCAAACCCCAGAGGUUACUAUGCAGCACCUACUUUACAGACAAAUGGCUUUAUCUUUGUCAGGAUACAAGGAGGUUUCCAUGAAAUCAGGAAUUCGAUUUGUGAUGCAGUCGUAGUCUCUCGACUUCUUAAUGCCACCUUGGUUAUUCCUGAAAUCCAGUCAACUACAAGCAGCAAGGGAAUUAGUUCCGACUUCAAGAGUUUUUCCUACCUUUACAAUGAGGAUCAGUUCUUGGCAGCUUUGUCAAAAGAUGUCAAAAUUGUGAAGACCCUUCCAAAGCAUCUCAAGGGGGCAAGAAGAAGGAAAGAGAUUCCUGUGUUUAGAGUGUCCUACUCAGCUUCGCCGUACUUUUAUUUGCACCAUGUUCUUCCAAUACUUAAAAAGCACUCGGUUGUUGAACUAGUUAUUUCUGAUGGUGGAUGUCUGCAGGCCAUUCUUCCUCCUCGUCUUGAAGAGUACCAAAGGCUUAGAUGUAGGGUUGCUUUCCAUGCUCUCCGGUUCCGACAGGAGGUCCAGGAACUUGCCACUAAAAUCUUAAAUAGGUUACGGGCUCCUGGUAGGCCUUUUAUAGCCUUUGACACUGGGUUGGCCAGAGAUGCUUUAGCAUAUCAUGGUUGUGCUGAAUUGUUCCAGGAUGUUCAUACUGAACUCAUUCAGCAUAGAAGAUUGUGGAUGAUAAAAAGAGGGAUUGUCAAGGGGAAGCUUCCUGUGAAUUCAGAAGAGCAACAUGUUAAUGGAUCUUGUCCACUUAUGCCGGAAGAGGUUGGUAUUCUUCUUCGAGCAUAUGGAUAUUCUCAAGACACAAUAAUUUAUAUAUCAGGAGGAGAAAUAUUUGGUGGACAAAGGAUUUUAAUACCUCUUCAUGCAAUGUUUGGAAACAUCGUUGAUAGGACCUCUUUAAGCACAAGUUGGGAACUUGGUGGAUUAUAUGGUCGUGAGGCUAACCUGAUUAGAGCUUAUCCCACAACUCAGCCUGUUGAGCUAGAAACAAAGCUUGAAAUGUGGAAAAACUCUGGACCCCGCCCCCGCCCACUUCCACCACCUCCAGACCGUCCCAAAACAUAUAAUAUUGAAGGUUGGUGGGGUUGGGUAGCUGAGAGUGAUAACGAGCCUGAGAGUACAAUUAUGGAGUUGAGAACUAAUGCUCAUAAAUUAUUAUGGGAAGCAAUUGACUAUUUAGUUUGCAUUGAAGCUGAUGUUUUCUUCCCUGGAUUUGAUCGUGAUGGCAAGGGGCAUCCAAAUUUUGCUAGUAUAGUAAUGGGACACAGACUCUAUCAAUCAGCUGCAUCUAAGACAUACAGGCCUGACAGAAAAGAAGUUGUCAAACUUUUAGAAGAAAUCCGUGACCACCUGUAUCAAGCUAACAGGACUUGGCUAACAUCAGUGCGCACGCAUUUGAGAAGAAGCUUAAUUGAUGGAAUCACAGACUCAUUCACAAGAUCGAAGCCACUGUCUUUUCUCUCCCAUCCAGUCCCUGAAUGUUCUUGCUUGAGACACGACCCUGCUGAAAUGUCAUUGCAUGCUCCAAGUCCUUCAAGUCAGCUUCAAGCUGUUCUUGGGAUUGUGCACCAUUGCCCUGCUUGGAUGGAUGGUGAUUUGAUCUCACGACCAAGAGACAAGGAAAGUGACGAGGAUAUUGAUGAGAAUGAUCCGACAUCAUCUGGACUAUUCUUUCAGUAUGUUGGUGGAAAUCAAGAAAUUGGGGUUGGAGAAAUAAACAAUAAAGAAGAACCUCUUAUGGAAGACCCAGAAGAACUUGAGGGUGCAGAAGGAUAGGGGAUAGGUUGUAUUGUUGAGUGCCCAUGAUGCAAUAAUUGGCAUUUGACAUUUUCUGUACAUAUAUAAUAUUAUUUCAUUUGCUGAUUCCCAGAUUGGCUGGAAAUUAUUCUCAUCUGGGUUUCAAUGGGCGAAGCAAGUGGCCGCCUCUGGUUCUUCAUUUUGGAGACAUGUAUUUUGCUCAAGUUAGUUCAGAUCAAUCAGUUUAGGUAAAACACUCCGGCAUUGGUUUUUCUUUUUACAAAAAUUUAGUUCAGUCAUUUUAGUGGAGAAAUAUGGAGACCAAUUACGUAGAUUACCACAAUCAAUUUUGACGUAGCAUGUGUUUCAUUUGAAAAUCCAAGUUUUUAGAUUCAACUGAGUGACUGUUUGAUAUUUUUAUCCUUUUGUAUCCAGUUAUUUUAUUUAUUUAAUUAUUUUGUUUAUUUUUGGCUUCAGAUUGAUGUAACUUAUUGAAUGGAGAGGGAAAGAUAAAUGCUCGGUGGACCUGUGAUCAGUUAUUUCAAAUUCCUGCUCUAGCUACUGAUAUUGUCUUCUGCUUGGUUACAAAUUCCAUUAAUUUGUCUACUUCCAUUGAGCUCCAUGCGACCAGUCUAACCCUCUCCCAAGAAUUACACUGCUGAUGGCUAGAUCUUCAGGGUGGUUCCCUCAACUUGCUGGGUGUUCCUGGCUCCCCCAUUACACGUUUGUCGUAGAAAUUAUGUCUGCAAAUGAUUGAAAAUGCACACUAUUAUCUAUCCCUUCCUGAACAUUUAACCAUGUCAAUCUGCCUCCUCAUUUGGUAACUCAGAUGUGAAUCAUGAUCUUAAAUUUCCACGAAAUUAUUGAAAUUUCCUCGAAAUCAAAAAUGGCAGUCCAUUUCCAUCUUGCAUA